AUGUAUAGUAAGAAGAAGAAAUUACGAAAGUUUGAUGUAAUUUAUGAUAACACGAGCAGGAAUGCGAUCCCGAAGAGAGGAUACUACUCGGAGCUCGUGUCCGAUAUGACAAAAGACGAUCCAAAUAAAGAUAUAUGCGUUAAGAAGAGAAUGAAGAUGAUCUUACAGGCGAAAACGGAUAAAUUGGCUCCAACGCUUAUUUCUCUGCCGAAGCCGCCAAAGCAAAAGAUUUUGUUACCUCCGGGUCGGUGGACGACUUACCGUGAAGAUGAAAGUAUUCAAUUUCCAUUCGAGACAUUUGUGUCAAAGCUUCAGUUUCUGAACGUGGUCCCUCCCAAGGAGAUUCCUCGACUCGUGAAGAUCGAGAGAUUGAGAAGAAAAUUCUUGGCCGCCAAUAUCAAGAAAAUGCUUCGUGAUCUCGGAGUGCAGCCGUUCUGGCUGGUUCCUAUCGAAGACCUCAAAGUUGAUGACCAGCUUUGCUAUGGACUCUACAGUCCUUUUCCCAAGUUGGAAUUGGAAAUUUUCGAUAACACUGACUUCGACUGUCGCAUACCGUCGGAAUGGUUAUCGCUAGGACUAAUCGAAGGUGAGCAAUAUCCGUGCCCAGGGUUGGCGUUCAUUCCCAAAGAUGAUGCGAAACCAACCAAGGGGAACGUGGACCUUAUUCAGACCUUCAACUCUUUGUAUGAGUGGACAAAUGUUGCGGCUUUUAGUUUUGAUGAAAAAACGGAGAAGUGGGAGGUGAUGGCGCUGGAUGGAACCAAGAGGAGAUACAACAUCCCUCGCAUCAGACUCAUGUUCAAAGCUGACGAUCCAGAGACGUUCGCGCGUCGGGUUAAAUUUGCUGUUGACCUGCGCCGGGAAGUUGAAAACAAUCUCAGGUUCUAUCUGUAUCUGGACUGCCUACUGUUGGACGGCUUGUCGAGCAUGCCUCUGCAGUUCAUGCCCAAGGUCCUGAGCAUGGUGCGGGUGCACAAGCAGGCGAGGAACGUCGACGAGGAGCAUCUUCGUGCGUUGAUUAACGAGGCAAAUUUAUCAUACAGCAAAAUCGAAGGAAAAAUGAAGAUCCUUCAGACGAUGAAGACGUAUCCGGAAUUGUAUAAUUUUAUAGUCGCACCCACUAAGGAGUACGAGCCUCCCGUCCCAGAUUAUGGUAAGUUGGAGUGUCUGAUGGAGCAGUUCGGCGACCGGGUGCGGUACAACCAGUGGCGCUCCUUGUUCGUCCUGUCCGAGUCUGUGUCCUGCUUGCUACUGGUCAUUGAUGAGUGCCUCAAGGUGGAAUCAAUGUUGUUCUUCACGAGUAACUAUGGCAGGAACGCCACUCUUGCCGAGUUCGAUGCUGCUCAGCAACACUGUACUUCUAUGUUGCUGAAGUAUCUGAACAUGACCUGGCUGAACAACACGGCGCAUGCCAUCCGAAUGUCCUUCAGGGAUGUCGGUAAAGGGUGGUUCAACAUAUACGAGAAGAAGUGGCAGUUCUACGGCGUGAGCAAGCUGUGCCGGUUCUUGCAGUUGAUUCGGUUCCGGAUGCAGUAUGCACUGAGGUUCUGCUUGGAGCAAUCUAUGGCCAUGUACGUCGCAAUGUGCGAGACUCCUUGUCUCUGUACCUACUCUUGUGGAGAAGACUUCGAGUGGGACUCUGAGGAUCUAAUCAACACGCCCUUUAGGACGUCCGCGCCAACACUCUUCUACUUCCACCUCAUGAUAUCCGAGAACGGACCGUACUACACCACAGAUCCUGAACAGUUUGAGGUCGUGACGCAGCGUCUGUUCCGCGACAUGCUGUACAAAUGUCACUUCAUACCGCAAGUGAGCCCGAUGAUCAUGAGGGGACUCGUCUUCGACAAAGAGUUGUACCUCACUUCUAUAGGUUUACUGGAACCGAACGUGGUCGAGUACAGGGAGCGGCUGCUGAGAGCAUACCGUCAGGCCAAAGUGCCCCUCCUCGCCUAUCUGCGACAGUACGAGUGUUACACCUCUCUGUAUCAGCUCGACGUGGAGCAGUAUGUGGAAAAGUUCCGCGAGGAGAAGCACUCAUCCUCGGAAACUCGCGAAGAGCUCCAGAUGCAUUAUGACGCCAAACAGGAAUUGAUUUGGCGCCUGCCGCAGUACAUUGUGAUAGGACCCUUUGCCAUCAACGUAGACACCCUUAAACAAAUGUUAGUGAAUAAAAGAUCGGAGAUCAUAAAGGCGUUGCUCACGAUGUGGGCGGAGGAGGUGAGGCUGAUGGUGGACGACGUGAUUCAGGCCUACAGAGCCGUCAUGAGGAAGCUGGGCGAGAAGCCAAACACCAUCGAGCACGUGUUCGAGAUCAGGGAGUGGAUGGAGUCCGUGCCUUUUGCUCUGAAGACUCAAGAUGAUAUCAUGAAGAAGGUCUUCACGGACUAUGAAGUGCUGGACGCAUUCUUCACGCCUCUGGAGAACGAAGAUUUCAAGGCGCUGUGGGAAGCCAUUGGAUGGCCUCUGAACAUCAAUAAGCAAGUGGUGGCCACAAUAGAGUUCUUGGAAGAAGAGCAGGAGAAGUUUUGGAAGCUCCACCAGCAGGACGAGCAGGCGCUGUUCGACAAGAUCGACAUGUUCACGGCGCAGUGCAUGCAGCUCACCCUGCAGAACGACUUCAACAAGGUCCACGAAAUAGCCAACGACAUUAAAAAGGCUUGGAAGGGUAUGAAGGAUGCCCAGGACUGGGGCCGCCUUCUCAACCAAAGACAGAAACUAUUCGGGCAGCCGGUAGUGCCCUUCGCCGAUCUCAACCGACUGGUCAAGGAAUUUGAGCCGUACAGGAACCUUUGGGUAACCGCUUCGGGUAUGUACACGUUGGAAAUACGAUGACUUAGUUGACUGGCUCGCGAGGUGUGGGUGGACAACCCGCUGAUGUACGUGGACGCGGACAGCAUCGAGCCGCUAGUCAACGAGUACUAUAAGACGGUGCUUAAGUGCAUCAAGGUUUUCGCCGAUCUGCCUAAAGUUCAGAAUGUAGCUAUUUCAGUCAAGAACGACAUCGACGAGUUUCGGCCGUUGAUCCCCAUCAUCCAAGCCGUUCGGAACCCUGGGAUGAAGGAAAGACACUGGAACGAGUUCAUGGAGAAAGCCGGUAUAACCCUGACCAUGAACGAGAAGCAGACGUUCGACAUGUGUCUCAAACAAGGCGUCGGCAAACACGGCGACCUCAUCGCGCAGAUUGGUGAGCUCGCUUCCAAGGAGUACGUCAUCGAGCAGGCCCUGGACAAGAUGCAGACGGACUGGGCCACCAAGACCAUGGAGAUCACGCCUUACAAGAACACCGGAACGUACGUGAUGAAGGUCCCCGACGAGACCCUCCAGUUGUUGGACGAGCACCUGCUGGCCACCCAGCAACUCGGCUUCAGUCCGUUCAAGGCUGCCUUUGAACUCCGUAUCGAGGAGUGGGACAGCAAGUUGAGGAUGAUGCAGAUGGUUCUGGAUGAAUGGAUCGAAUGUCAGAAGGACUGGAUGUACCUAGAGCCUAUCUUUACGUCGGAGGACAUCUCCAGACAGCUCCCCUUCGAGGCGAAGAAGUACGGGACCAUGGAGAGGAUAUGGAGGAGGAUCAUGGGGACGGCGGCCGCGUGUCCCAAGAUGCUGGCGAGCGCGGAGGGCGCGGUGCUGGAGAGCGUGCGGGAGGCGCGCGGGCUGCUGGCGGCGGUGGCGCGCGGCCUGGCGCACUACACGGCGCGGAAGAGGCUCUGCUUCCCGCGCUUCUUCUUCCUCAGCGACGACGACCUGCUGCUCAUCCUGGCGCACGCGCGGGACCCCGCCUCCGUCCAGCCGCAUCUCAAGAAGUGCUUCGAGAAUAUUGCCAAGGUGACCUUUGAAUCGGAUCUCCGAAUAACCGAGAUGCACUCCAGCGAGGGGGAGACGGUGGAGCUCAAGUACAAGUUCUACCCCACUGCAAACGUGGAACAGUGGCUCUUGCUGCUGGAGGACACCAUGAAGAACACCAUCCGACUGACCCUGAUCGACAGUCUGGAGGAGAUCUGGGUGCUGCCCCGCGCCGAGUGGGUGCUGCGCUGGCCGGGGCAGGUCGUCAUCGCGGGCAGCCAGCUGGCCUGGACCGCCGGUGUCGAGGACGCCAUACGGAACUGUUGCGUCGACGUCUUCUAUGAGAAUAUGCUGAAACAGCUGGACAGCCUGCGCGCGCUGGUGAAGGGCGAGCUGUCGUGGUUCCACCGCGAGGUGGUGUGCGCGCUGCUCGUGGUGGAGGUGCACGCGCGUGACGUCACGGACGCGCUGCGGGCCGUGCGCGCGCUCACGGACUUCCACUGGAUCUCGCAGCUGCGAUAUUACGAGGUGGUAAACGAGCCCCGUCCCCUGGAAGAGGGCGAGUCCCCGGAAGUGUACCAGGACGAGGAGGUCCUCGACACGAGCAUGUACUAUCGGCAGUUUAGUCAGAACUGCUGCGAAGUCAGAGCUCUUAAUGCAGUCUUCAUCUACCAGAAUGAAUAUCUCGGGAACAGCGGCCGGCUGGUGAUCACGCCGCUGACGGACCGGUGCUACCUCACGCUGAUGUGCGCCAUGCGGGUCCACCAGGGCGCGGCGCCCGCGGGCCCGGCCGGCACCGGCAAGACCGAGACCACGAAGGAUUUAGCCAAAGCCUUAGCCGUUCAAUGCGUGGUGUUCAAUUGCUCGGACCAGCUGGACUACAUGGCGAUGGGCAAGUUCUUUAAGGGAUUGGCUGCUUCAGGGGCCUGGGCGUGCUUCGAUGAGUUUAACAGAAUAGACAUUGAAGUGCUCUCCGUAGUUGCGCAGCAAGUGGCGACGAUCCAGAAAGCGCAAGUGGCCAAGCUGGACAAGUUCAUGUUCGAGGGUAUCGAGCUGCCCAUCAAGGCUUCCUGUUCAGUUUUCAUCACCAUGAACCCUGGAUAUGCAGGUCGCACGGAGCUACCUGAAAAUUUGAAGGCUCUCUUCCGCCCCAUCGCCAUGAUGGUUCCAGAUUAUGCUCUCAUCGCGGAAAUUUCUCUUUUCUCUUACGGCUUCUACGAAGCAAAGAUCCUCGCAGGGAAGAUCACCACUACCUUCAGACUUAGUUCGGAACAACUGUCUUCUCAGGACCACUACGACUUCGGCAUGCGCGCCGUGAAGACCGUGAUCGUGGUGGCCGGCAACCUCAUGCGGCAGCAGCCCGGCGGCGACGAGCGCCAGCUGGUGCUGCGCGCGCUGCGGGACGUCAACGUGCCCAAGUUCCUCGCCGAAGACCUGCUGCUCUUCAACGGUAUAAUAUCGGAUCUGUUCCCGCGAGUGGAGAUCCCGGUGGUGGACUACGGGAUCAUGGAGCAGUCCAUCCGCAGCGUGCUCGUCAAGCGAGGGUACGACGACGUCUACGCCUUUAUAUUCAAGAUAAUUCAGCUGUACGAGACCACGGUGGUCCGGCACGGCCUGAUGCUGGUGGGGCCCGCGGGCGCCGGGAAGACCAAGUGUUACGAGAUCCUGCGCGACGCCCUGACCGCCAUCAAAGGGAAGCCCGCCCCGGACGGCACUCCCUUCGCCCCGGUGCACACCUUCGUGGUCAACCCCAAGUCCAUAACGAUGGGGCAGCUGUACGGGGAGUUUGACCUCCAGACUCACGAAUGGACGGAUGGCAUCUUAUCGAGUCUGGUCCGCAUGGGCAUCGCGGUGGAAGACAUGGACAAGCGAUGGUAUGUCUUCGACGGGCCGGUUGACGCUGUCUGGAUCGAGAAUAUGAAUACUGUGCUGGACGACAACAAGAAGUUGUGCCUGUCGAGCGGCGAGAUCAUGAAGCUGACGGAGCGGCAGCGCAUGCUGUUCGAGGUGGCGGACCUGGCGGUGGCGUCCCCCGCCACGGUGUCGCGCUGCGGCAUGGUCUACAUCGAUGCGGAGGUGGUGGGCCUGCUGCCGCUCGUCAACGCCUGGCUCCGCUCCUCCAUCCCGCCGAUGGCGGAUAACAUACGCAAGAUUCUGCCGAACCUGAUCACGACGUACCUGUACCCGUCGCUGGUGCUGCUGCGCACCAAGCUCACGGAGAUGGUGCCGUCCCUGGACUCGGCACUGGUCUUAAAGUUCCUAGAACUGUUGGACUUCAGGCUCCGACCGCUCACCGGGAAGGACGACAAGCCUCCGCCGGGACCUGCCUUCAUAGCCCUCAUGCCCCGCCUGGCGCCGUGCUGGGUGGUGUGGGCGACGGUGUGGACCGUGGGUGCCACGUGCGACCUGGCGGGCCGCGCCGUGUUCUCCACUUUCAUGCGCGACCUCACCACGCAGAACGGACUCAAGCCGCCUUUUCCCAAGGAGGGCAGGGUCUAUGACUACACUUUGCACGACGGCGGGUUCACGGAGCCGACCGAGGACGGCGAGCCCGCCGCGCCCUACUGGUACAACUGGAUGCAGAACCUGGACGCCUACGAAGUGGACCCGGACUGCCAAUACUCGGAUAUCGAAGUCCCGACCAUAGACAACGUGCGCAGCGCGGCCCUGCUGGGCUACAAGGUGUGGUGCCAGCGGGCGGCGCUGUGCGUGGGGCCCACGGGCGCCGGCAAGACGCUCACCAUCACCUCCAAGCUCAGCCGCGGAUUGCACAAGAAGUUCAUUUGCGAAUUCAUCGUGUUCUCGGCGAGGACCUCGGCCAACCAGACCCAGGACGUCAUCGACAGUAAGCUGGAACGUCGGCGCCGCGGAGUAUUCGGGCCGCCGCCGACCAAGUACCAGGUGUUCUUCAUCGACGACCUCAACAUGCCCGCGCUUGAGGUCUACGGAGCGCAACCUCCCAUCGAGCUGCUCAGACAGUUUAUGGACUUUUCUGGCUGGUACGACCGUCUGAACAUAGGCGAGUUCAAGACCCUGGUGGACGUGACCAUGGUGGGCGCCAUGGGACCGGCCGGGGGAGGACGGAACCCCGUCACGGCCAGGCUGCUGCGCCACAUGCACUACAUUUCAUUUACGGAGAUGGAGUAUACUAGCAAGUACACAAUCUUCAGCGUUAUCUUGAAGUCUUGGACGAGAAAUUUCGACAAGGUGUCGAUAAGAGAGGCCCCAUUCUUGAAGGCGUCCAUAGAUAUCUUCAGCUCUCUCGUGGAGGAACUUCUGCCGACUCCUACCAAGUCUCACUACACUUUCAACAUGAGGGAUCUUAGUAAAGUCUUCCAGGGUAUACUGAUGAUGGAUCCUCGGCUUGUCAAGGACGAAGACGACGUCAUCAGGCUGUGGUACCACGAGCACCAGCGCGUGUACCAGGACCGCCUGAUCAACGACGAGGACCGCCAGUGGUUUGUCAACUUACUAAACAAGAAGAUCCGUUCGGAGUUUGGCAAGAAGCCGGGCGAGGUGACCGGCGGCCGCCUCCUGCUGUUCGGAGACUUCAUGGACCUCGGCGCCGACGACAAGAAGUACGUGGAGAUCACCGACGCCGCCGAGUUAAAUGAGAUCUUGGCUCACUACCUGCGCGAGUACAACGCCUCUACCACCGCCCCGCUCGAGCUGGUGCUGUUCGAGGACGCCGUGGCUCACCUCUGCAGACUUGCCAGGAUCAUGAGGCAGCCGAUGGCCAACGCCCUGCUCCUAGGGAUGGGAGGGUCGGGUCGCCAGUCGCUGUCCAGGCUGUCGGCUUCCAUGUCGGAGCUGGCGUGCGUGCAGAUCGAGAUCACCAAGUCGUACGGGCAGCAGGAGUGGCGGGACGACCUGCGGCAGACCAUGCUGAAGGCCGGCGCCGAGAACAGAGGAACUGUCUUCUUAUUUUCGGAUGCUCAGAUAAAAAUGGAAUCGUUCCUUGAAGACGUGAACAGCAUCCUGAGCUCGGGCGACGUGGCCAACAUCUACGAGCCCGAAGACCUGGACCGGAUCUACAUGUCGGUCCGCCACGCCGUCAUGGAGAUGAACCUGCCCGCCACCAAGACCAACCUGUUCUCCUGCUACCAGAAGAGGGUCCGGAACAACUUGCACAUCGUUAUCGUCAUGAGCCCCAUCGGAGAUGUGUUCCGCGGCAGACUGCGGCAGUUCCCGGCGCUGGUGUCGUGCUGCACGCUGGACUGGUACAGCGAGUGGCCGCGCGCCGCCCUGCGCUCCGUCGCCAACCACUUUUUCACCAACAUGCCAGAGCUCGACACCACGGCCGACGUGCUGGACGCCAUGGUGUCCGCGUGCUGCGAGGCGCAUGUGAGCGUGGCGGAGACCAGCGCCGCGUUCCUGGCGCGCCUGGGCCGCCGGAACUACGUCACGCCGAUGUCCUACAUGGAGAUGCUGUCCGCCUACAGAGACAUGUUCAGGAACAAGAGGAACUCGAUACUCGAAGAAUCCAACGCCCUCAGGAACGGCUUGAACAAACUGAAUCAAACCGAGAUAGAAGUGAAACAACUUCAGAUUGAACUGGCUGAGCUGAAACCCCUUAUGGAGAAGGCGGCCCAAGAAACCAGGGUAGUCAUUGAGCAGAUCGCGAUAGACACUGCCAUAGCGGAAGACGCUCGGUUGAAAGUGGAGAAGGAGCAGGCCAUAGCGGAGCAGAUGGCCGCCGAGACUACGGCCAUGGCGGAGGACGCUCAGAGAGAUCUCGACGAGGCCCUGCCGGCCCUGCGCGCGGCGGAGCAAGCCCUGCAGGAACUGAACAGGAACGACAUAGUGGAGGUGAAGGCUCUGAAGAAGCCGCCAGCAGGAGUCAUUCUCGUCAUAGAGUCGCUCUGUGUGGUCUUUGAUAUCAAACCUAUCAAGGAGCCCGGCGCCACGUUCGGAGUGAAGGUGCUGAACUACUGGCGGCCGGGCAGCGCCAUGCUUGCCGACCCCACCGCCUUCCUCGACUCGCUCAUCAACUACGAUAAGGACUCCAUCACUGAGGACACCAUCAAGAAACUGAAGAAGUUCAUACAGAACCCAGACUAUGAACCCAACAAGAUUGCCAAGGUGUCGAAGGCGUGCAUGUCGCUGUGCAUGUGGGUGCACGCCAUGUACAAGUACUACCACGUCAACACCGGCGUCGCGCCCAAGCGGGCCGCCCUCGCCGAGGCCGCCGCCCGCCUGCACGCCGUCACACAAAUGUUAGAAAGCACAAAAGCUAAGAUGAGAGCUUUGCUGGAAGGCAUUGCGAAGCUCGACGCAUACCUCCAGGAGAAGGAAGAGGAAAAGAGACGGAUGGAGGAGGACAUCAACCAGUGCCUCGCCAGGAUGGACCGCGCCCACAGAUUGUUAAACGGCCUAUCCAGCGAGCGAGUGCGCUGGACCCGCACCAUCAAGGAGCUGGACGUGGCCAUCGUGAACCUCAUCGGGGACAUCCUGCUCAGCGCCUGUGCCGUGGCGUACAUCACACCAUUCACUGAGGAGUUUCGGAAGGACCUGCUGCUGAAGUGGACCCAGCACAUGGCGGAAGUGUCCCUGCCCCACACCCCCGGAGCCACGCCCCUCUCCAUCCUCGGGGACCCGGUGCAGAUCAGGACGUGGCAGAUGUACGGGCUGCCGCGGGACCCGCUGUCGGUGGAGUCCGCCGUGCUGAUGGCGGCGUCGCGGCGCUGGCCCCUCGUCAUCGACCCCCAGACGCAGGCCAACAACUGGAUCCGAGCCAUGGGAAAAAUCGAAGGUCUGAUAGUGUGCAAGCCGAACGACGCGGACCUGCUGCGCAGCUUCGAGUCCGCGCUGCGCUUCGGGAAGCCGCUGCUGCUGGAGAACGUGGGCCAGGAGCUGGACCCCGCGCUCGAUCCCGUCCUCAAGCGUCAGUACUUCCGGCAAGCUGGGCAACUGGUGCUGAAGCUGGGCGAGUCGCUGAUACCGUACGCGGCGGGCUUCCGCCUGUACAUGACCACGAAGCUGCCCAACCCUGUGUACUCCCCGGACACGUCGGUCAAGGUGCAGGUCGUGAACUUCGCCCUGGUGCCCAGUGGGCUGUCGGAGCAGCUGCUGUCGGUGGUGGUGGCGCAGGAGCGGCCGGCGCUGGAGGAGACCCGCGGCGCGCUGGUGGUGUCGCGCGCGCAGCUGUUCGCGCAGCUGGCCACGCUGGGCGCGCGCGUGCUGCACGGGCUGGCCUCCUGCCAGGCGCCCGUCGACGACCUGCAGCUCAUCCUCACGCUCGAGGCCAUCAAGAUCAAGACGGCGGAGAUCCUGACGAAGGUGUCGGACAUGGAGCGCACCACGGCGGAGGUGGACGCCACGCGCGGCGAGUACACCGGCGUGGCGGCGCGCGGACAGAUCCUGUUCUUCUGCGUGGCCGCGCUGGCCGCCGUGGACCCCAUGUACCAGUACUCGCUCGACUGGUUCACCGGACUCUUCCUCAAGUCCAUGGCGGAGACCGAGCCGAGCGAAGACAUCCUGGAGCGCGUGGAGACGAUCAUCGAGCACUUCACGUUCUCGCUCUACCUGAACGUGUGCCGCAGCCUGUUCGAGCGACACAAGCUGCUGUUCGCCUUCCUGCUCACCGCCAGGAUCCUGCUCGACGCAGGCGUCAUCAGGACUCACGAAUACAACUUCUUGAUUAAUGGUGCUUCAUCCCAAGAAGAUAUAGAAAACCCUGAUCCGAAGUGGAUAUCGCCUCGCAUGUGGUCGGAGUUCCAGCAGCUGGCGACGAUAAGCACCAUGAAGCCCUUCGUCACGGAACUUUUCCCCGAAAAUUUAAAGUUCUUCAGAACCUUUUACGAAUCAUACAACCCUCACAAGCUUCCGUACCCGAAGGUACUGGACUCACAGCUGGACGCCUUCCAGAAGAUCCUUGUGUUGAAGUGUAUCCGGCCCGACAAAAUGAUCCCGGGUCUGCAGGAGUACGUGUCGGCGGCCCGGGGGGCGCGGUACGUGGAGGCGCGGGGCGGGGGCGGGCGCGCCGGGCUGGCCGCGCUGCUGGCCGACUCCUCCCCGCGCGCCCCCCUCGUGCUGGUGCUGUCCUCGGGCACUGACCCGGCCGCCGAUUUGAUGCAGUUCGCUGACAAGAUGAAGAUGGGCAAACGGUUCGAGAGCAUCUCCCUGGGCCAGGGUCAGGGCCCCAUCGCGGAAAACAUGAUCAGACUGGGCUGCGACUUUGGCAACUGGGUCUUCCUGCAGAACUGUCACCUGUCGCCCUCGUGGAUGCCAGCGCUGGAGCUCCUGGUGGAACAGCUCCAGGCUGAGAAUGUGCACAAAGACUUCCGCCUGUGGCUCACCUCCACACCCUCGCCGCAUUUCCCGGUAUCGUUAUUGCAGAAUGGAUACAAGAUGACGAUAGAACCUCCGCGGGGGGUGAAAGCGAACCUGCUGAAGGCUUACACGAACCAGAUCCCGGACUUCGCAGACUUCUUUGAGUCGGAUGAACCUAAAGUUCCCCAAUUUAAGUGGCUGGUGUUCUCGCUGAGCGUGUUCCACGGCGUGGUGCUGGAGAGGCGCAAGUUCGGGCCGCUGGGCUUCAACGUGCCCUACGAGUUCACAGACGGGGACCUCCGCAUCUGUCUCUCGCAGCUCAGCAUCUUUCUCCGGGAAUACUCUGAGAUACCGCUCAACAUGCUGACGUACACGGCGGGCCACAUCAACUACGGGGGCCGCGUCACGGACGACUGGGACCGGCGCUGCCUGCUCACGCUGCUGGCCGACUACUACUCGCCCGCCGUGCUCUCCGACAGAUACAUCUUCGACGAGUCCGGGGCCUACAAGCAGUUGCCGUCGUCAGCUACAAUAGAAGACUACAUGAACUACAUAAAGACCCUCCCCCUGAACGACGACCCGUCGCUGUUCGGUCUGCACCCCAACGCCAACAUCAGCUACGCCAUGUCCGAGACCAACGCUUGUCUCGGUAACCUCCGCAGCCUGCAGGCGCGCGGGGUGAGCGAGGCGGGCGCAGGCUCGGAGCGGGGCCCGGAGCGCGCGGCGCGGGACGUGCUGGCCGCGCUGCCGCCGCCGCUGGACCUGCCGCACAUACACGCCGCGUACCCGGUAAUGUACAAGGAGUCCCUGAACACGGUGCUGAUCCAGGAGGCCACCAGGUACAACAGGCUCCUCAAAGUCAUAGACGACUCUCUCACGGAGGUGUGCCGCGCGCUGCAGGGGCUGGCGGCCAUGUCCCGCGGCGCCGAGGAGGCGGCCGACGCCCUGGCGCGCGCGCUUGUGCCGCCGCGGUGGACGCGCGCCGCCUACCCCUCGCUCAAGCCGCUCGGCGCGUGGGUGCGGGACCUGGCACAGCGCGUCGAGUUCCUGCGCUCGUGGGCGGAGCUGGGCAUCCCCACCGUGUUCUGGAUCUCGGGGCUGUUCUUCCCGCAGGCCUUCCUCACGGGCGCGCUGCAGAACUACGCCAGGAAGCACGUCGUCGCCAUCGACACGCUCUCCUACGGCUUCGAGCCCCUGGCCGCCGCGCCGCCGAAGAGGCCAGACGACGGCUGCUGCAUCCGGGGACUGUUCCUGGAGGGCGCUCGCUGGAACAUGGGGAACAUGAGCCUGGACGAGAGCCGGCCCAAGGAGCUGUACACAGACAUGGCGCCGCUGUACCUGCGGCCGGAGCAGCACCGGCGGGCGGCGCAGGGCUCCGCGGACUGCCCCGUGUACAAGACGCUGCUGCGCGCCGGCACGCUGUCCACCACGGGCCACUCCACCAACUACGUGCUGACCGUGGAGCUGCCCACCAAAAAGCCGCCGGCGCACUGGGUCAAGCGCGGGGUCGCCUUGUUCUGCGCUCUCGACUACUGA